GUGGAGAUGGUUGACAACGACGAUGCUGAUGUCGGCCUAAGAAGAUGGGCCUUGUGGCGCCAGAGCGGCCACAAAGGGCGUAAUUGGCUCUCCAACUCCAUUCUCAUACCACCUCACAUUAGAGACAGCUAUAGGCUGUCCUUCGUUGUGUCUAGAGAUGAACACGUCCACGAUUCUCAACAACUCCAUCUGGCUCGGCUGACGUACCGAGUCGUUCUUCCAGCUGCUCUGCUCGACUUGGGGACGCGUCUGUCGCACUGCGAGUUCGAUGACAGCCUCUGUGGGUGGUCGCAGCCAGCCCCGUCGGUGGGUAUUCCUGGGUUACGCUAGGGCGUCGCCACACUCGAGGAGGACCGGUCC